AUGGUGCAGAGUACAAACGCAUGCAUACCAGAUCAGCAAAACUACUUGCGGGAGCCAGAAGCUGGAUCUCGAUCACUGAGUAGUGUAGCGGAGGCACAGAACACGCAGGUAUCUGAUGCACAGCUGGUCGCCGGGAAGCAAACACAGAAUACAAGAGAAAUUCAAUAUAUGUUCUCAAAAUCCCCAGCCAAUCUCGCACCCCUCCUUGGGGACUUAUUAUCCGAUGCAAUGCGCGCUAGUAAUCAAUGGGCUUCAGAACAAAGAGCAGGGGAAUCAACAACAGAAUGUUUGACAGUCUUGAUACCCGAAGAGGUAGAAGAGGAUAUUUCCAUCACACUUUGAGCUGGUCGAAGACAGGCAGAUCGAAUCAUUGAGAUAUUCAGGAUGCGGAGGACCUGGUCAGCGUCACCCAGCCGUCUAUCA